CCCGUGUCUGCUGGACAUGCGCGUCGUCCCGUGACAGAACACUUAUACAGGUAACAUGACCAAGUCUUUCCCGGAGGAGCGCGCGCCGCAGGCCGGCGGUCAGGAGGAGGCGUCGGGCGGAGAACCGCCGCGUGCUGACGGAGCAGGGAUGGAGACAGGAGAAGAGGAGGAGGACGGGCUGCAGCGGUUAGAGGAGGACGAGGAGGAGGAGGAAGAUGCGGAAGAGGAGGAAGAGGAAGAGGAAGAAGAAGGAGAGAACAAACCCAAGAGACGCGGGCCAAAGAAGAAGAAGAUGACGAAAGCGCGCCUGCAAAGGUUCAAGAUGCGGCGGAUGAAAGCCAACGCGCGUGAGCGGAACCGGAUGCACGGGCUGAACGACGCGCUGGAGAGUCUGAGGAAGGUGGUUCCGUGUUACUCCAAAACUCAGAAACUCUCCAAGAUAGAGACGCUGCGCCUGGCCAAGAACUACAUCUGGGCCCUCAGCGAGAUCCUCCGGUCCGGAAAGUCCCCGGACCUCAUGAGCUUCGUCCAGGCGCUCUGCAAAGGUCUCUCUCAGCCCACCACCAACCUGGUCGCAGGCUGUCUUCAACUCAAUCCCAGAACCUUCCUCCCUGAGCAGACGGCGGAGUUACCGGCUCACCUGCAGGUGGCGGGAGGUUCUCCGUACGGCGGACAUUACUCCUACCAGAGCCCUGGCCUGACUCCUGGUCUGCCCAGCCCUCCCUACGGCAGUAUGGAGGCCUCCCACAUCUUCCACCAGGUCAAGCCGCAGCAGUAUGGCAGCGCCCUGGAGCCCUUCUUCGAGAGCAUCCUGAUCACCGAGUGCUCCAGCCCUGCCUUCGACGGAGCGCCGCUCAGCCCGCCGCUCAGCGUCAACGGGAACUUCUCCUCCUUCAAACACGAGCCCGUCUCCUCCGCAGAAUACGACAAGACCUUUGCCUUCAGCAUGCACUACGGGGGGGCAGCGGCGGCGGGCGGCCAUGCGGCGGCAGCCAUCUAUGCGGGAAACGCCAACCCGCGGUGCGUGGAGCUGCAGGUGGACGGCCUGAUGGGACUGGAGGGGCAUCAUGAGAGGGUGAUGAACUCCCAGCUCAACGCCAUCUUCCACGAUUCCUGA